CAACCUCUCCCCCUCCCUUUCUUCUCCAAAUUAAUUUCAAUUCAAUUCUCACCAUGCAAACAAAUACUACAAGUUUAAAUAAUACUCGUAAUGAUGUUAGCAAAUUAGUGACAGAAAACGCCGUUAUUGUGUUUGGUCAACGUGGGUGUUGCAUGUGUCAUGUUGUAAAGCUUUUGUUAUUAGGAUUAGGUGUCAACCCAACAAUCUUUGCCGUUGAUGAAGAUGAUGUGUCUAAGGUUAUCGGUCAGCUAUCGAAAUUAUCAUCCGGUGACGGAAAGGUGGUAGUAGAGGAGUUGCCGGUGGUGUAUGUUGGUGGCAAGUUGUUUGGUGGAUUAAAUAGAUUAAUGGAGACACAUAUUACCGGUGAAUUGGUUCCUAUUUUGAAGGAAGCUAAAGCUCUAUGGCUUUGACUUUUGACCACUUGUUACUUGUUCAUUAACAUGAUCUUCCUCUCUUUUUUUUUGUUAAUUUUAUUUUUCUA